GCUUUCGUUUACACAUCAGUGCCUCCUCCCCUCAGAGCUGAGAGUGAGUUAUGCGUCUGUGCUUGUGUGUGUGCGUGUAAAUGAAGUGUGUGUGCGUGGGCAUGUGUGUGUGUGUGUGUGAGACGGUGAAAGCUGGUCACUCUUUCGAUGAUUAUUUAAGUAAGUGAGAAGUAACAGCGAGAAGACGGUGCGCGCGCGGAGGAGCUUUUUCUUCUACACGAGCUCCAUUAUGUUUGUGUGUCGGCUUCUGCACUUCGUUCUGCUUCCUGUCAUUUACUCAUCUAUGCAUCAGGCUGUUCCAGUUGUGGUUCCUGUAACUACCGAAACUGCUGAGGUGUACGAGUGUGUGCAUAGCUCUGAUCCAACUGCUGCUAACUACACCUGGUAUAGACAGGACAGGCCCUCUCUUCCUGAAGGAAUAAAAGCAGAAGGAAACAGACUACAUUUCAUGCAGUCAACCUCAGACCUAAAUGGACUGUAUAUCUGCAGUAUUACGAAUGAGUAUGGCACAUUUGUCGCUUCGUUCUAUAGAGAAGUUCAAGACUGCCCUCUGCGUAGGAUUUUUAAAAAGGUUUCAGCAAUGUGGAUGCUGCUGAUGCAAACCCAGUCUCUUCCAAGUUGAACUCC